UAAGCACUACUAAAUUAAUGGACGCUAACAGUAGAGCUUCCUCCCAAGCUUUCAGGGGGGCAGCUACGUACGUGCAGCCGUUCAGUGGGUGACAGCAAACAGGUGAUGGAACCUCUAAUCCUCACGGUGGUUGGUGCUGGUGGAGGUCGGCAAAGUGGCCUCGUUUCCACGCUAACGGCCAAAAGUCACCCUCUCACCCUCAGGACCCAACGAACCCCCUCGAAGCUUAGCCGAAUAUUUUACACCCAUAAACAAAUACCCAAAAGUGAAAGCCAGAUACCAGUGAUGACACCAUCUGACGUCCCACCCUCCUCCUUUCCUUCUCCCUCCCCAUCUCGCUCCCCCUCUCUGUAAAGUUCCCAAAGCUCAACGGAGAGAGGGGGAUAGAAUUAAUGGAGAGAGAUGGAAGACCAAGUACGAGAAGUUGAUACUAAUGAUACCGAUCCAUCCCUUCUUGCCAUAGGAGGUGAUGGUUCCGAGGAGGAGGAGGAGGGGCGAGUGAGGCUGGUUCGACCGGGUCCCGACCGGUCGAAGAGCGACGAGUGGAGCGAGGGGGCGGUGGCGAGUCUCUUGGACGCGUACGAGGCCAAAUGGGUGCUCCGGAACCGGGCCAAGCUCAAAGGCCAGGACUGGGACAAUGUGGCACGGCAAGUCUCGGCGCGGGCAGGCUCGACCCGGCCGGCCAAGACGCCGACGCAGUGCAAGAACAAGGUGGAGUCCAUGAAGAAGCGGUUCCGGUCCGAGUCGGCCGCCGGGGGCGGGUCUAGGUGGCCGCUCUUCCCGCGGCUCGACCGUCUGGUCCGGUGCCGGGCCCCGACCACGGCUCUGGUGAUGGUCGACCGGCCGCCGGAGAGACCAACUCCGUCAUCGCACUCGCCGGAGCCCAAAGGGAGAGCUGGGGCAAGGCAGGGUGAGUGUGAAGAAACCAAAGGCAAGGAGCAUAUUAAUGAGCUUCACAAGGAGGGUCUUUGCAACAUGCAACCGUAUGAUCCUUGUAAUGAAGAACAAAAAUUAAAGAAUAAGAGGAGAAGGAGGGAGAGGGAAGAGGAAGAAGGUUGGGAGGUGAUGGAAAGCAUUCCAUGGCUUGCCGAGGUGGCAUUGAGGGUGGAGCAAGCAAGGAUGGAUGCUAUGAGGGAGGUGGAGAGGAUGCGGGCUCAAGCAGAGGCAAAGAAAGGAGAGAUGGACUUGAAGCGAACUGAGAUCAUUGCCAACACUCAACUGAAGAUUGCAAAGCUCUUGGUCGGGUAUGAUGAUACUGUUGAUUCUUCCUUGAGAAUUGGGAGGGGUUAGCUGAAAAAUUCCCAUAAGAGAGGUUAUAUUCUUCUAUAAUAUUGUUCCUGAAACUAUAAUAUGCAUUCUAGCAAUGCAAGCUCAAAUGUGUCUGAAUCAUCAGCAUGUCAGUAUUUAGCAACUGCGCAUGUCAAGAAGCUUUUAAGAAGGAAAGAACCAAGUCGAAUCGCUCUCACAUGUAACCAACCACAACAUUGAAAAGCAAGAGUCUCAUCCACUUGACAUAUGUGACUGAAUCUAUUUCCUAGAUUUCAUUCCUAUAUACUGUUGAAUUUGGAUUGAAAAAAACAGUGUAUUUGACCUUCA